GUUUUAUUCUACUAAAAAUUAGCUAAAAUGAUAAUGGAUAAUUCAAAAACCACCAGCAAAACAACUCUUCUCAAGCUGAUGUUGCUGCGAGCAUGGAAAGAGCGCUGGACCGACUGCCAGUGGGGAAUAAAUGUAAAAACGGUUCUCACACGCGGCGUCAGCGGUGAUGUGUACAAUUUAGCGGAUGCAAUUAUUCAGCAGGCUGUAGUAGGUUCUGGCGCCAAUAAGCUUUUCCUCUCGUACUUAAAACAUUCCCUGUGCGCGCAUUUGAUUUCACACGCAGCCGUUCUGAACCGGAUCGGCAAGUAUGAACAUUUCGACAAACACCACUGCCUGAUAGCUUUGCUCGAUUUUCUGCAGUCCAUCAUUGAGGGUGUAACCUGCCGAAGCAAGCAAGAAGAAGCGCUUCUGACCAAGGCGAUCAUAUCGCUUGUACAUUGGUUACUGCAGAUCUACGAGAGCGUACUCAAAACGUACGCCGAGAGUCGUGUUCUGUCCUGCGAGGAAGAGGAAGUGGUGCAGAAGGUGGCGAUUGUGUUAGAACGCAUCGCCGAGAGCCCUUUCCUGCUCGGCGUAAUCUCGAUAUCAAAGUGCGAAGACCUGGAACUGUUCAUGACGCUGCAGAAACGGUUCAACGGAAUUAAUAAUCUUACCCUGACGACCGGCUACGUGGCGCAGGUAGGCAACGCGAACCAAAAGAACGUCACCGUUACCGAUUACAUGCAAAAGCUGGUUCAACUGGAGGUAGACAUAUUGGAGAUGAAGCUGUUCGAUGGAGGCAAAGUGGAACCGAUCACGUACAGCAUGCAACCGUUGAUCGCCAUUGAGGUACUGCUGAAUCCUAUGUGCGACACGGCCAUGUACGUGGCGCAAUUUAUCAACCUGAAGCGCCUCAAGGGCUACUCGUACGCGCGCCUUUACUGCGAGAUCAUGCGUGGUUGUUUUAUUUCGCUGAACAACGUGGAAGGAACUUCAAAGGAAUCGUUGUUGUGUGCCUUUGCGUUCAUCAAAGUACCGCACAUUUUGCGCCAGAUUCAUGCGAAAGUGAACGGCAAGGAGCAGAAGGAUGAGGUGACCAAUGCGACAUACAGCGUGGAGAUAGUCGAGGCGUUCGAGAUGCUGUUGCAGGAUUCGCCCGUGCUUGAUUACAUGGACAUGAAGUGUGCCUGCAACGUCGUCGAGUGUCUACUGAAGGAAAUGGCGAAGCAUAAUCUCGUUACGGAGACACACGUAAAACACUUUGUAGCCCUCCGAGAGCCGGUGACGCUUGGUUUGCAGAAACUGGAAGCGGCCAACACUCAACUUACACUGAUGGUGAAGUUUGUAUUCCGCGUGGAGUCCCCUUUGGCGGGAAUGUUGAAAGCACUCAGUGCGGAUUACAGUAAGGUACAAGAUGCGUUGCUCGCCAUGCUGUGCCAGGUGUUAACCGGAAACAGCCUUGACCUGGUGCUUUCCGUGGCAUCAGUGGAAGGAAAGUUCAAGGCGUUCAUCGCGGGACUGCUCAAGUGCAACGAUUACGCCAAACAAGCAACCAGCGUUGAGAUGGGCAAAGCGAGUGCGACCCGUGGUGCGCUGUUCGACGUGACCUUCAUGAUACUGGCCUGUAUUGCCCAGAGCUACGGGUCGGACGUAAUACUGGCGGAGGGUGGCAACAGUUUCUUUGAGAAGUGGGUGCGCGAUUUUAUGGUGGAAAAGAAGAAAACCAAAUGCCCUAUGAACAUGGUCAAGCAGGCAGAUCCGAUGGUUCUGGAAGAGCUGAUUAUGGCACUCAACAACUCGGAAGGCGGUGGUGGCUUAAAAGCAUCCAAUCUGCGCUGGGAAGACGUGUGCUUCACAAUUCCCGCCUUACUCCACCAGGUACUAAUGGCGUGGGUAAACGAAACCCUCUCGCCGGUGGAAAUCAAAAAGAUGCUCGAUGGGCUGAAGACGUACUUCUGCUCGUUUGCCGUGUGCGCCUCGUCGUGGCUGUGCGCUUAUAUGCACGCCGCAGGACCCGACGAACAGUUGAAACCGAUGAACAUGGUUCAGCAGCUAUGCAGUGCUCCAUCCGGACCGCAGGCCGAAGAGUGGCAGCAGCAGGACUACUGCAAGGAGCGAUUCGGACUAAUGGGACAGCUCAUCCGCCGAAUGCAGCAAGAGUUCCAAAGAUCGCCCCAGGUCAAUCCGAAGCUACGUGCCCUGUUCCCGAACCAAUUGCAUAUGGUGUCCCACCUGCCGGUAGAGGAACAGUUCGAGGAAGCGUGGAAAGCGAUCGCUGAGCGGGGUUGGUUGCCGAUCGAGACCAUCUUCCUGCUCGAUACUCUGCUGCAGUCCUGUGGACCGGUCUGGUUGAUGGAAAAGCUCAUCGCCAAGCUUUUCGUGUGCAAGUACAUACGUGAUCUGAACAAAACGAUGGACAUCGUUUUUGCAAUCAUGCACCUGGACAUCGAGCGAUGCACCAUAGCUCUCUUGUCACAGAUCGUUCCGAAGAUGAUGCUUAACAGCAAGCAAACACCCGAGAUUGUCGAUCCACAGUCGCGCGUUCUGGCUAAACUGUGUGUCUAUGCGAUCAUCGUCACCAUGGAAGUAUCUCUAACGGCGUCGAAGAAACGCACCCGAGGAGCCGCAACCGGCCUGGACGCAGAAGACCCGCUCGAUUCGCUCUGUUCCAGCGCGAAGAUCCGUAAACUCGAUAUCGACGGUAUGGGCGUGGGAUGCGAGGGAAGCGGUGGUAUGGGGACUGAUUUUGGACUGGACAGUUCCCUCGAACCGGUGGCUGGGUUUACCGAGACAGUAACUCCAGUAGCUCCCAGCUUGAAGGAACCGCUGCAGGGUUGCUUGCAGACACUGUUCCGCACCUUCACGCAGUACAUCUCGACAGACGAGCUGUCUCCAAAGGUGUACUUUGUGUUCCAGUUUCUGUCCCAGCUGGUCGAGAGUGGGCGCGAGCAAGUCAUGACCGUGCUGAAACUCGUCCCGAAUGGGUUGGUGCAGAACCUGUUGAAAAUCAAUGCGACCGACGAGAUGACCGUGGGUUUCAUUUUAAGACUAUACGAUCUCAGCACUGGUAGUGGUCGUCAGUUUGCGAUGUCGGACAUUUGCCUCCUACGGAAUAUUCAAAUGCGUAAGGACAGUAUUAAGUUGUAACACAACGGAAUAUUUGCAUCGACAAGCUAUGCGUGUGUGUUUCUGUGCUGGUAAAACAACAAUAAAUCGAUUAAGAACUAUAUCUGA